CUGCCGCCCCGCCCCCUCCGUUCACAGCGCGUUUAAAUGAUGUUCUCAGUGUUUCAGUGUAAUUUGGACUGUUCGUAUUUGGAGUACCUCACAGUUGCAGGACUCUCCAAACCCUAACUUUCCAAAUCCCAACGGCGAGAUUUCAUCUGCCUUUUGUCUCAACCCAACAUCAAGAUGACGAAAAAAGGCUUGUCCGAAGAUGAGAAAUUUCUGUUCCUGGACAAAGACUUUGUUAACAGCCCCGUCGCCCAGGCAGAUUGGACCGCCAAAAAGCUGGUAUGGGUCCCUUCCGAGAAACACGGGUUUGAGGCGGCCAGCAUCAAAGAGGAGCACGGCGAUGAGGUCCUGGUCGAGUUGGCGGACAACGCAAAGAAAAUCACAGUCAACAAAGAUGACAUCCAGAAGAUGAACCCACCAAAAUUCAGCAAGGUGGAGGAUAUGGCAGAGCUUACCUGCCUGAAUGAAGCCUCUGUGUUACAUAACCUGAGGGAGAGAUACUUCUCCGGCCUCAUCUAUACAUACUCCGGGCUGUUUUGUGUGGUGAUAAAUCCCUAUAAAAUGCUUCCGAUCUACUCUGAGAAGAUCAUUGAAAUGUACAAAGGCAAAAAGCGCCACGAGGUCCCUCCGCAUAUCUACUCCAUCUCGGACAACGCGUACAGGAACAUGAUGCAAGACCGAGAGGACCAGUCUAUUCUUUGCACUGGUGAAUCAGGUGCCGGAAAGACAGAAAAUACCAAGAAAGUCAUCCAGUAUUUGGCAAUGGUGGCCUCGUCCCACAAAGGCAAGAAGGAAACGAGCGCUCAACAAUCAGGACAACAGUUUGCCUAUGGCGAGUUGGAAAAGCAGCUGUUGCAGGCCAAUCCAAUUCUUGAGGCUUUUGGUAAUGCCAAGACCAUCAAGAAUGAUAACUCAUCCAGAUUUGGCAAAUUCAUCCGUAUUAACUUUGAUGUAACAGGUUUCAUAGUUGGAGCCAACAUAGAGACAUAUCUACUGGAAAAAUCUCGCUGUAUCAGACAAGCAAAAACAGAAAGAGCCUUCCACAUUUUCUACUACAUGGUUUCAGGAGCAAAGGACAAAUUACGCGAGGAGCUUCUGCUUGAAAAUUAUGGCAACUAUCGGUUCCUCUCUGCUGGCCACGUCCAGAUUCCAGGCAACCAGGAUGAUGAGAUGUAUGAUGAAACCAUGGAGGCCAUGAAUAUCAUGGGUUUCACCCCUGAAGAAAGAACAGAUGUCCUCAAAGUAGUCUCAACUGUGCUGCAGUUGGGCAACAUUGAGUUCAAGAAAGAAGAGAACCAGGAGCAAGCAACCAUGCCUGACAACACAGCUGCCCAGAAAGUUUGCCACCUUCAAGGCAUAAAUGUGACAGAUUUCACGAGAGCCAUUCUGACGCCCCGUAUUAAAGUCGGUCGCGAGGUUGUGCAGAAGGCCCAAACCAAAGAACAGGCAGAUUUUGCAGUUGAAGCUCUGGCUAAAGCCAUGUAUGAACGUUUGUUCCGUUGGAUCCUUCUAAGAGUUAACAAGGCACUGGAUAAAACCAAGCGUCAGGGAGCCUCUUUCCUGGGAAUCUUGGACAUUGCUGGUUUUGAGAUCUUUGAGGACAAUUCAUUUGAGCAGCUCUGCAUCAACUACACCAACGAGAAGCUCCAGCAGCUGUUUAACCACACCAUGUUCAUCAUGGAGCAGGAGGAGUACCAACGUGAAGGCAUCGAGUGGAACUUCAUCGACUUUGGUCUGGAUUUGCAACCUUGCAUUGAGCUUAUCGAAAGACCGAACAAUCCUCCUGGCAUCCUGGCUCUUCUCGAUGAAGAGUGUUGGUUUCCAAAGGCAACGGACGUCUCUUUUGUGGAGAAACUUUGCAACACUCAAGCUAAUCAUACAAAGUUUGCUAAACCGAAGCAACUGAAAGACAAAACAGAGUUUUCUGUGCAGCACUAUGCCGGGAGGGUGGACUACAAUGCAGUCGCAUGGUUGACCAAGAACAUGGACCCUCUGAAUGACAAUGUUACAGCACUGCUAAAUAAUUCCUCCAGUCAAUUUAUGCAAGAUCUCUGGAAGGAUGCUGACCGUGUGGUUGGAUUGGAGACCAUUGCCAAGAUGUCAGACAGUUCUGCACCUAGCGCUUCCAAAACCAAAAAGGGCAUGUUUCGUACCGUGGGUCAACUUUACAAAGAGUCUCUGGCCAAGCUGAUGACCACACUGCACAACACGCAGCCAAACUUUGUUCGUUGCAUCAUCCCCAAUCAUGAGAAGAGGGCAGGAAAGCUGGAUGCCCACCUGGUGCUUGAACAGUUGAGAUGUAACGGUGUGCUGGAGGGUAUUCGAAUCUGUCGCCAAGGAUUCCCCAAUAGAAUUGUCUUCCAGGAGUUCCGCCAGAGAUAUGAGAUCUUGGCAGCAAAUGCUAUUCCAAAAGGCUUCAUGGAUGGAAAACAGGCCUGCUGUCUAAUGAUCAAGCACCUGGACCUGGAUCCAAACCUGUAUCGCAUUGGCCAAAGCAAAAUCUUCUUCCGCACAGGAGUCCUGGCUCAGCUUGAGGAGGAGCGUGAUCUUAAGAUCACCGUUAUAAUCAUCGCCUUCCAGGCACAGGCCAGAGGAUUCCUAGCUAGAAAGGCCUUUGCCAAGAGGCAACAACAGCUGACAGCAAUGAAGGUGAUCCAAAGAAACUGUGCUGCUUAUCUGAAACUCAGGAACUGGCAGUGGUGGAGACUUUUCACCAAGGUGAAGCCUCUCCUGCAGGUGACACGCCAGGAAGAAGAGAUGAGCCUGAAAGAGGAAGAGCUCCAAAAGGCUAAGGAAUCGGCAAUAAAAUAUGAGACUGAAUUAAAAGACAUCACACUGAAACACAGUCAGAUUUUGGAGGAAAGGAACCAGCUCCAGGAGAAACUCCAGGCUGAGACGGAACUCUAUGCAGAGGCAGAAGAAAUGAGAAUGCGGUUGGCUACCAAGAAACAAGAACUUGAAGAGAUCUUGCACGAGAUGGAGGCCAGGUUGGAAGAGGAGGAAGAUCGUGGUGCAGCCCUACAACUGGAAAAGAAAAAGAUGCAGGACCAGAUCAGGGACCUGGAGGAUCAUCUUGAUGAGGAAGAAGAUGCUCGCCAGAAGCUACAGCUGGAGAAGGUUACCUGUGAGGCCAAGAUCAAGAAGUUAGAGGAUGACAUCCUGAUGAUGGAUGACCAGAACAAUAAAUUGCAGAAGGAGAGAAAGCUUCUUGAGGAAAGGGUAGCAGAUUUCAGCUCAAACCUGGCUGAAGAAGAAGAAAAAUCCAAAAACCUCACAAAAUUGAAGAAUAAGCAUGAGUCAAUGAUUUCUGAACUUGAAGUCCGCUUAAAGAAAGAGGAGAAGACUCGUCAGGAGCUGGAAAAAGCCAAGAGAAAGUUGGAGGGCGAAUCAAAUGACCUUCAGGAGCAGAUUGCUGAACUUCAGGCUCAGAUCGCUGAUCUGAAAGCCCAGCUUGCUAAGAAAGAAGAAGAGCUUCAGGCUGCAUUGGCAAGACUGGAAGAUGAGACCGGACAGAAGAACAACGCACUCAAGAAGAUUAGGGAGCUGGAGGGACACAUCUCAGAUCUACAGGAGGACCUCGAUUCAGAGCGUGCUGCCCGUAACAAGGCUGAAAAGACCAAGAGAGAUUUGGGAGAAGAGCUCGAAGCUCUCAAAUCAGAGCUUGAGGACACCUUGGACACCACAGCCACUCAGCAGGAACUUAGGGCCAAACGUGAGCAGGAGGUGACUCUCCUGAAGAAAGCCAUGGAGGAAGAGAGCCGUGUUCACGAGGCUCAGGUCCAAGAGAUGAGACAGAAACACACACAAGCUUUUGAGGAGAUCACAGAGCAGCUGGAGCAGUCCAAGAGGGUGAGAACAAAUCUGGAGAAAGCCAAGCAAGCUUUGGAGAAGGAGACAUCAGAACUCCACGUGGAGAUUAGAUCUCUUAGUCAGGCCAAACAGGAUGGGGAACACAAGAGGAAAAAGGUGGAGGGACAGCUUGCCGACCUUCAGACUCGUUUUAAUGACAGCGAGAAGCAGAAAGCUGAACUUGGAGAUCGGGUCUCUAAAAUCACGGUGGAACUGGAGAGCGUUACAAACCUUCUUAAUGAAGCCGAGGGAAAGAACAUCAAGCUAAGCAAGGAUGUGGCCACCCUGAGUUCCCAAGUUCAAGAUACACAGGAGUUGUUGGCUGAAGAAACAAGACAGAAGCUUCAGUUAUCUACAAAACUACGACAAAUAGAGGAUGACCGCAAUGCCAUACAGGAGCAGCUUGAGGAGGAAAUGGAGGCGAAGAGGACCGUGGAGAGACAUGUCUCAACGCUCAACAUCCAGCUCUCAGAUUUCAAGAAGAAGCUGGAAGAGGCGUCAGGUAAUGUAGAACUUCUAGAAGAAGGUAAGAAGAGGCUUCAGAGAGACCUUGAGGCGGCCAAUACUCAGUUUGAGGAGAAGGCGUCUGCUUUCGACAAGCUGGAGAAGACCAAGAACAGACUGCAACAGGAGCUUGAGGACACACUGAUGGAUCUGGACAACCAGAGACAGCUGGUGUCCAACCUUGAAAAGAAGCAGAAGAAGUUUGAUCAGAUGCUUGCUGAAGAAAAGAGCAUCUCCAGUAAAUAUGCAGAUGAGCGAGACCGUGCAGAGGCUGAGGCCAGAGAGAAGGAGACCAAAGCUUUGUCUUUAGCAAGAGCUUUAGAAGAAGCUCAGGAAAGCCGCGAGGAGCUCGAGCGAGCCAAUAAAGCCCUUCGUGCUGAAAUGGAAGACCUGGUCAGCUCCAAAGACGACGUGGGCAAGAGUGUGCAUGAGCUAGAGAAGUCAAAACGUGGCCUGGAGGCUCAAGUAGAAGAGAUGAAGACUCAGUUGGAAGAGCUGGAGGAUGAAUUGCAGGCUGCAGAAGAUGCUAAACUUCGACUGGAGGUCAACAUGCAAGCUCUGAAGGCUCAGUUCGAAAGAGACCUCCAAGGCCGAGAUGAGCAAGGCGAGGAGAAGAAGAGGCAGUUGGUCAAACAGGUGCGCGAGUUGGAAACUGAACUUGAGGAUGAGCGCAAGCAAAGGACUGCAUUAGCUGCUGCCAAGAAAAAAAUGGAGGGAGACAUGAAGGAACUUGAAGGCCAGAUUGAGACAUCAAACAAGGGACGAGACGAGGCCAUCAAGCAACUCCGCAAGCUUCAGGCUCAGAUGAAGGACUACCAGCGAGAACUUGAUGACGCCCGAGCUGCCAGAGAGGAAGUUUUAUCCAGUGCCAAAGAGAACGAAAGAAAAGCAAAGACUCUGGAGGCUGAACUGCUACAGCUGCAAGAGGAUAUGGCAGCAGCCGAGAGAGCCAAGAAGCAAGCAGAAGCCGAGCGCGACGAACUGGCCGAUGAGCUCGCCAGCAAUGCGUCUGGAAAGUCUGCGCUGUCUGAUGAGAAGCGACGUCUUGAAGCGAAGAUCCAACAGCUGGAGGAGGAGCUGGAAGAAGAGCAAGGAAAUAUGGAGAUGCUCAAUGAUAGACUAAGGAAGAGUGCCCAGCAGGUUGACCAACUUACCACUGAGCUCCAGGCCGAACGCAGCACAUCCCAGAAGAACGAGAGCGCCAGGCAGCUGAUGGAGAGACAGAAUAAAGAGCUGAAGGCUAAACUUCAGGAAAUGGAGAACCAAGUCAAAUCCAAAUUUAAGUCCUCCAUCUCUGCUCUCGAGGCCAAAGUCGCCCAACUUGAGGAACAACUUGACCAGGAGAGCAGAGAAAAGCAGAACACAGCGAAGGCGAAUCGUCAGAAAGACAAGAAACUGAAAGAUUUGAUGACCCAAGUGGAGGAAGAACGAAAACAGGCAGAACAAUACAAAGAUCAGGCGGACAAGGCCAAUGUUCGUGUCAAGCAGUUAAAGAGGCAGCUGGAGGAGAGCGAGGAGGAGUCCCAGCGAAUCACUGCCGCUCGCAGAAAGCUUCAGCGGGAGCUGGAUGAGGCCACGGAGGCCAAUGACACCAUGAGCCGCGAGGUCACUUCCCUCAAGAGCAAACUCCGGCGAGGCAAUGAACCAUCAUCCUUCAGCAGCACACCGAGACGCACUGGAGGUGGCAGCCGGCGGGGAAUGAUUGACAGCUCUGAUGCAGCGGAGGAUGACAUAGACAUGCAGGGCGACUACAACGGAACCAAAGCUAGCGAUUAAAAGCCUUCGUCAUGCUCUCCAGACAUGUUACUCUUAUCUUUAAAAGACCUUAUCAAAGAAAUUUUACAAGGUUGGGUUAUUAUUAAGAUGAUCAUUAUGUUUUGUUUGUCGACUGCAACCAAGCACCGCUCUUCGGUUUCUCUUUAUUCAUCACAAUCUUACCUUUUGCAUUGACCUAUUUGGCACCAUAAAGCUCAUACUUGGUUGUCUGAAUAAAAUCUGGUGGUCUUAAGAGCUAAUAUUUACCCUCCCUUGGGUAAGACAUCUGUUUUUAUUUUAAUUAAUUGCGGGUAAAUGGCUGUUCACUGUUUUGUGCUGCAACUGUCCUCAAACUACAUUAUACUGCACGGUCUCAUUUAUUUCGCAUCGUAUUGCUGUGAUAUAUACAGAUUGGUUAGCAAUUAAAUAGGAUUUUUGGAUGAAUUUUUCCCAAUAUUGAUGUUUUAGAUGUUUAUCAAGAGGCAGAGUAAUACCUAAAACAGGACCUUUGAUUUUAAUAUAUCCCAAAACUAGCCAAACCAAAUGAAGACAUCAGAGGUUAAUGUAAUUGUUGAUGUAGUAGUCUGCAUUGUUUAGGAUAAAGAAAAGGCCUAGGUUUAAGUUUAAUUCUAAAAACGUAUAUUUCUCAUAAUCUUUACAUUUGUACAGAGCUAUAGUUUGGGCGAUCAUACAAUCAGAUACCUUGAAAAACUAAGCAAUUUGAUUAGCUUUUAUUUUCUUUAUGAAUGUUUGCCAUAAGUAUUAUAUUAUAUACUUCUCGAACUUAUUCAUGUAAUAGUUUAGUACUCCUACAAAUGUUUUCAUAUUUAAAAUAGACAAAGUAAAAACAACAAAUAUCCUGUCGAAUAGUUGUCUAUUGGCAGACAUUGCCUGUGAAGGAAUGUAAAAUUAUAUAAAUAAAUAUAUAUGUAAAGCUUUAUCUUCCCAACAAUUUCACUUGUCACAAGGAAUUUACAUCGACAGUAGGUCACGUAUAUGCAGUUCUAUCUAUUUGUGAAACCACAUGCACUUGAAAUAAAGUCAGAAAAAUGUU